AUGGCGGGGGCCGUCUUCGCGACCUACGACCGGCCGCCGCGCGCCCUCGACGUCGUCGCCGGACCGUCGCGGCAGCCCGAGCCGCAUCUCGAGCUGCAGCCCAUGAUGACGCCGGCCGUGUGGCGAAGCGAGGGCGAGGACGAAGCCGCCGCCACGCCGCCGCGCCGACCACCGCAGCAGCAGCCGCUCUCGCACGACCUCGUCAUGGAAAGGGCCCUGCCGCGCGCAUCCCACCGCUACGGGCUGUCGCAGGCCAUCGCGCGCAGCAUCACCAUGAGCAUCGCGCUCGCGGGCAUGGCGAGCGCGCUGUACCUGGUGGCGCGGUGGCCCGUCAAGCGCGGCGUGGCGGGCUUGGCCAUUGGAGCGAACGCCGUCGCCAUCAUCAUCGACUCGUUCAUGCUCGUCGACCUCAUCAACACCAACCUCCCGCGCGUCUCGCCCUACGCUAUUGGCGGCCUCGACUUUGUCAUGCUCGCCGCCGCGCUGACGGCCGGUAUUUUUGUCGGCUUCUCAGACCGCGGCUACGAGGACGACCCCGCCCCCUGGCGGCACGUCAUGAUGGUGACGGCCGGGCUGACGUGGACGACGGCGUAA